AUGUGCUCCAAGUACCGGUUCGCGGUGCGCCCGGGGAUGCCGCGCGACGGCACCACCCGGUUCAGCGACGGCCAGGGGCGCCCGCUCCACCACUUCCUGGGCGUGUCCAGCUUCACCGAGUACACCGUGGUGGACGUGAACCACGUCGUCAAGGUCAACCCCGCCAUGCCGCCGGCACUCGCCUGCCUGCUCAGCUGCGGCGCCUCUACGGGGGUCGGAGCCGCAUGGAAGCAGGCGAAAGUUGAGCCUGGGUCUUCGGUCGCUAUCUUUGGCCUCGGCGCUGUAGGAUUGGCGGUUGCUGAAGGAGCCAGGAUUUGUGGGGCGUCAAAGAUAAUCGGCGUGGAUAUAAACCCUGAGAAAUAUGAACUUGGAAAGAAGUUCGGCGUGACACAAUUCAUCAAUCCCAAAGAACUUGGUGAGAAACCUGUCCACCAGGCGAUCAUCGAGAUGACCGACGGUGGCGCGGACUACUGCUUCGAGUGCAUUGGACUGGCGGCGCUAAUGAACGACGCAUUUCGGAGCUCCCGAGACGGGUGGGGCAAGACGAUCAUUCUUGGAGUGGAAAUGCACGGUGCCCCUCUCUCCAUCUCUUCUCAUGAGAUCCUCCACGGGAAGUCUGUCGUCGGGUCCAUGUUCGGAGGGCUGAAGCCUAAGCAGGACAUUCCCAUUCUCGCCGCCAAGUACCUGAACAAGGAGUUGGAGCUUGACAAGUUCAUAACCCAUGAAGUCGGCCUCAAGGACAUCAAUGAAGCUUUUGACCUGCUGCUCCAACGGAAGAGUGUCAGGUGCACCAUAUGGAUGGACAAGUGA